AUGAUUGCUGACGAGAAUUUCCAAAUUAGGCGAAAAGUGAUCAUUGCGACCAACAUUGCCGAGACAUCAAUUACGAUUGACAACAUCUACUUCGUUAUCGACCCCGGCUUUGUCAAACAGAAUGCUUAUGACCCUAAGCUUGGUAUGGAUUCCCUUGUGGUUACUCCUAUCUCUCAAGCCCAGGCCAAGCAACGCGCUGGUCGUGCGGGACGUACGGGACCAGGAAAGACAUUCCGUUUAUAUACCGAGGCUGCAUUCAACAGCGAGAUGCUUCCCACGACAAUUCCCGAAAUUCAGCGCCAGAACCUUUCACAUACCAUUCUCAUGCUGAAAGCUAUGGGUAUUAAUGAUCUCCUGCACUUUGACUUUAUGGAUCCUCCACCAACAAAUACCAUGCUGUCAGCCCUGGAAGAGCUAUAUGCAUUGUCUGCCCUUGACGAUGAGGGUCUUCUUACCCGACUAGGUCGCAAGAUGGCUGAUUUCCCCAUGGAACCUGCUUUGGCUAAGGUGCUCAUUGCUUCUGUGGACAUGAGCUGCUCCGAUGAAAUGCUCAGUAUUGUCGCCAUGCUUUCAAUAACAUCAGUCUUCUAUCGUCCAAAGGAGAAACAGCAACAAGCCGAUCAGAAGAAAUCCAAAUUCCACGAUCCUCAUGGAGAUCACCUGACAUUACUGAACGUUUACAACGCCUGGAAACAUUCCAAGUUCAGCAAUGCAUGGUGUUUCGAAAACUUCAUCCAAGCGCGACAAAUCAAACGCGCCCAAGAUGUCCGACAGCAACUUCUUGGCAUCAUGAAUCGCUAUCGGCACAAGAUCGCCUCUUGUGGGCGGGACACGAUGAAGGUCCGACAGGCCCUCUGCACUGGAUUCUUCCGGAACGCUGCUCGCAAGGACCCCCAGGAAGGUUACAAAACACUCGUUGAAGGCACACCCGUUUACAUGCACCCUAGCUCUGCUCUUUUCGGCAAGCCUUCGGAACACGUUAUUUAUCACGAUUUGGUGCUUACCUCCAAGGAGUACAUGCACUGCACAACGUCGAUUGAGCCCAAGUGGUUGGUCGAGGCCGCGCCCACGUUCUUCAAAGUCGCUCCUACGGAUCGUCUGUCGAAGCGGAAGAAGGCCGAGCGCAUCCAGCCCCUGCAUAACCGGUUUGCCGGCGAGGAUGAUUGGCGUCUUUCUGCUCAAAGGCGUCAAGGCAGAGGUGGUGGUGGUGGAACCUGGGGUUGA